GCCCUGUUCUGUCCGUCCAACUUUAGUUUUAAUCCCCCUUUCCAUCUCAUUUUCGCGACUACGAUCUUCCAUCUAUCAUCUGAUCAAAAUGAAGCAUAUAGUAAAGAUAUUGAGCAUGGUGGUGGGAAUCUCUACCUUCUGGAUUGGUCUUUUGCAGGCUGCAAUCGUUCCUCGAAGCCACACAUGGUUGCUACCAAUCUACUUUGUAGUGUCUCUUGGAUGCUAUGGUCUAUUAAUGGUUGGUACUGGGCUAAUGCAGUUUCCUACAUGUCCCCAAGAAGCGGUUCUUUUGCAGCAGGAUAUUGCAGAGGCCAAGGACUUCUUCAAGCAUAAAGGCGUCGAUGUCGGAUCAGACUGAUACAAUGAUCGACACUAGAAUAGUUGAUCUUUAUGGCAAGAGAUCUUACAUGUGUCUGUUUGAAUAGUGGAAUUAAUCAGUGUUUUAUACUUGAGAAAAUGUGCUAAACGCCAUCACGGCAAAAGUAACAACUAAUAAUAAUUUGUCUUUUUCUUCUUUUGUUUCUAUAAUUCGUACUUGUCUAUUGAUGUUAUGAUGCAAAAAGG